AUGAACCUACAAGCUAUCAAGGAAGCAGCUCAAUAGAUCAAGGAUAAGCUUACCAAAUCUCCUUUGGAGUAGACAUUAUCUGAAGCAACAUCUAACGAGAAUUGGAAUACUCCUACUAAAUUGCUAUAAGAAGUAGCAGAGGCAUCAUAUGGAUAUACAUCUUGCGAUACGAUUAUGAAAUUCAUUUGGAAACGUCUUGAUUCAGAUAAUAGAGAGUGGCGUAGAAUUUUGAAAACUCUCAAUAUGAUAGAAUAUUUGACAAAGAAUGGAGCACCUCGUUGUGUAGGAGAAUUCAGAGACAAUAUCUACAAAAUCAGAAGUUUCUCUGAUUUCUUUCUAGUUGAACAAGGUUCCGACAAGGGUCUCUCAAUUCGUGAUAAGACUAAACAAUUAGUAGAUUUGUUAAGCAAUGAAAAGUUGAUUGAAGAAGAAAGAGAGAGUGCUAAAAAGAUACGAGAACGAUUGGCAGCUGCUGGGGGUGUUGGAGCUAUUGGAAGUAACACAUCUUAUCAAGGUUAUGGAAGUAAUUCAUAUGAAGGCAAUAAGCCAAAAUAUGGAUAAGAAUCCAAUUCAUCAUAAUCAACAAAUUAUUAAAAUAAUAAUGGUGGCUUAGAGAGUGGAGGAGGCUUAGAUAGAUACAGAGGUACAAGUAAUAAUAAUAAUAAUGCUAAUAAUAACACAAAUAAUAAUCAUACUAAUAAUAACACAAAUAAUAAUUCUAAUACUAAUGCUAAUAUAAGUUGUAAUGGAAUAUCAUGGACAACUCCUUCAUAAUAAACAUCAGCGGUACCAUUUUCAGAACCUGUAAUGAGAUUAGCUAAACCUGGAGAAAAGUGGGAUGUUCCAGGACCUAAGACAUAAUAGUAAUAACAGCAGCAUCAGCCAUAGUAACAGUAAUAAUAAUAACAACCAUAAUAAUAACAAUAACAACCAUAAUAAUAAUAAUAAUAAAAAAAUCUAUUAGAUAUUUUUGAUGCUCCUUAACAAACACCUCCAUAAUAACCAUAAAUUGUUCCACCUUUAUAACCACCUCCCUCUCAAUAGGCAAAUAAUCAAAAUAAUGAAUGGGGUCAAUUUUAAACUGCUACUCCUGUUAGUAAUCAAAUUCCAUAACCUUAAGUUUAAUAGAAGGUAUAGACUAAUUUAUUACCUAAUGACAUUUUUACACCACCAACAUCUUAAUAACAAUAACAAGAUCCUAUUCUCUUUGGAUAAUAAAUACCUUCUUAACAAAAUAAUUAACAACAAUUUUAUUAAUAGCCUUAAUAAUUAUUAUAUUAAUAAAAUUAAUAAUAAAAUACAUAUUAAUAACCUAAUCUGUACUAAAAUUAUUAAAUAAAUAAUUACUAAUAGUAACAACAAAAUCAAAAUUAUGUAAAGCCAUAAGUUCCAACAUAUUAAGCUAAUUAAACAAAAUAAUAGUAAGAUGAAUUUGCUUUUGGUGACUUUGUCUCAGCCACUCAACCUAAAAGCACAAAUACUAAUUAACCUGAUUUAUUAGGCAUGCUUGAUUUGAAAAAAGAAAAAUAAGAAUUAGAAUAGAAAAAAUAGAUUCCUAUAGCUCCAAUGUAGAAUCAAUAGCCUUAGUUGUACACAUCCUAAGCUGAAUUAGAUAGUUUCUAAUUCAAUUAUCAAAAUAAAGCACCAGUCUACGGAUAAUAUUAAUACCAAUAAAGCAGAUGAUUUAUAAUAAACAUAUAUAUAUGAUAUAAUUUGAUAACUAUUAAA